AGCGCGUUUAAAGCAGACGGCCAACCAUGACAUAUUGUCUUCUGUGGCCUCUUACAUCUAUUCUGCUCCAGUGGACCUCCUUGACUGGACUCGCUGUGGAAUACUUGCAUAAUUCUCUCACUCUCUUUGGAUUAUGACGAUUCCGACGACUCUGUUACAAAGGGUUGACUUAGUUGGUCCAGAAUCCUGUGCUGGAGGUUUCCCGGCGUCUAAUUCCACCACUGUCUCUGUAUCGCGUUUCAUUAGUCCAAGGAUCGAAGGGACGGACGAUCAAAGCGUCUCUUCAAACUUGAUUGAGCCCGGACGAUGCACCGCAGGCGGAUCUGAGCUCCAGGACCAAGGGACGACGAGCAGCCAUUUCCAACUUCCGUCUGUUAUUACAAUCUCGUCAUCGAAUUUGGACAUCCACAGUGAUGGUUCUGACGAGACGGCAGUGGACGACAAAACGUGUAUACGACCAACACCCCCUCGUAGUCGUCCUCGAACCCCGAUCGUAAUUCCUGACGGCCCUAGUAGAACAUCCAAUGUACCUGUCAAGCAAGGCUCUGUACUGGGAGAAAUACAGACAGAGUCGCCAGUGGAAGAUAUUGGCAACGAACAGGUGGAUGCACCAGGGAGAACCAACGAUUUACAUACGAGUGAUGGGAGCUAUCCUCCCUCAUACCACGGUCUCGAUGCACAGGCGGAUAUGAUGUUGCGAGAGUGCUUCCAACUAGUCCCAGAGCAGCCCACCAAGAUGCUAACCCGCGCGUACGGGAAACCUGCGGGUCAAUAUUUUUGGGCAACUAACCAGGUAGCGCAACUUGCUGUGCCGUCUUCUUAUGGUCGACCACCCCCACACCGAGCGAUGUCUGGGAUCUUUCGAUCAGAGGAUGCCAUCGAAUACAUGCUCGGCAGUGUUGAACCUAAGAGACUACUAGACUGGAAUUGGGAAGAGAAAGAAACGCCGGAUGGAUAUCCUUACUUCCGCCACAAAUUCCUGCCGUUUGUGACAGACGAUUUUUUACGGACACAAGGUGUCUUGGAGUUGAUUGACAAGUGGACGAAGUUUCUCCAUGCGAUAAUAAUGAUUCAGCAGAAGAAUACAACUUCCGGCUACACGUGGCCCGAUAGUUGGGAGCUGUACUUGCGGGUGGACAUAGGACCUCACCCUCUUGGGUUGUCAUACUACGGGGAGAUCUGCCGAUACUAUCUUAUCGAUCGGGUCAAGCGCGAAGUCUUCUGGCUGCAUUACUUCCCGGAUUACUGUGGGGUGAUACCCGAAUUGACCGUUCACGCGUCAUCGAAGCUCAUCCGAUUGCAUCUGCAGCGCGAGUUCUGGGCGCAUAUGGAGCUAUUCUCUAACGCGAAGCCAAUAAAAGGUGCUGAAAAGGAACUGCGGGACAUGCUGUUGUGGUAUACUUUCGAUCAAAUCACCUCACCGGCAGGCAGCACCUGCCCGUUUGAACAGGGACAGCCAGAGAAAUUUCUGAGCGUCCUCGAUCAGUUUAAAGGAUCCGAAGAAGACUCUGUGGUUAAGAACAUAGCCAUUGCUCGUCUCAUAGGAACAUGUUAUACCAGUCGUAUUGCCAAUCGUUUCGGCGAUGUCGGAUCCCGAGUGGACCGGGGCCAGCCCUCUCUCUACUCUGAUGAUGGUUGGUCCAGCAUGGCAAAGUACGUGGUGUACUGCGUGAUGCAUGUCCUUGUCAUGGGCGGAGACCGAUGGUACCUGGAUAAGAUUCUCAAUCUCACGGUGGAUUAUUACGUUCCGCCUCAGGCAUGGAAGGACCUAGUCAGGAUGCUAGUGGAAACAAGCAACCAAAGCACCCUCAUCGUGGCGGCUUUGCUCUUCACGGGUAAUAUCGGAUUCCUGGGUAUCAACGGGCUCGGAGGCGAUCAGGUAAUCAUCAGCAUAGUCGCAACUCUUCUUUCGUUGGGAAGUCUGUUUUUGGGUAUGCAGCAGGCACUGCACCAUUAUGAUUUGAAGGACACUACUGCAGAUAUCGGUUCGCAGUACUGUGGGACGGCUUCGCAGUCCUGGCUCGGGUACCGCGGACUAGCAGUAUACUACUCCCUGCCUUCUGCGCUCCUCAUCUGGUCUGCUAUAGCGACUAUCAUUGCCCUUCUCGUCUGGUGCUUCCAACUUGUGGAGAUGGACUGGUUCUCGCGCACUUGCACUAUCCUUAUCCUCCUUUCGCUCUCCAUUGUCGGUAUUUCAGCAAUGAAGUUCUCCAGAAGACUGUACAGGUUCCGGGAGAAGAAGCAAGAACGGGCGUGUAUCCUCCGAAAGAGCAUGAGGAUUGUUCGUCUUCCAGGGGAAUUCAUCCUGGCACGGGUUCCGGACAGGAUUUGGAAGCCCUGGGGAGGAAAGCGACCAGCUGAUCAGAGCGCGGACCAAUUAAAGAAUCAGGAAGAGGGUACCGCCUGUCAACAGCCAGAAGAAGCGCGGACAACGAAGAGCUGUCCGCUCAGAAGGUUCACAGACAUGUACAAGGCGUCAGCGCAUUGGGUACGCCGCUCGAUCACCUGGAGGAAGAAACGACCCGAGCCAGAUGAAGAGAAGCAGGCAGAAAUCGGCGCGGGAACGAGAGAAGCUGAAGAAGGCCCAAUGUGCCUGUAGCCCCGUUGGGGGGUAUCAAAGCUAUUGUACACCUCUCUCUUGGUCAUCGCACAGCAUAAUAUGCUACAAGGUAAAUUGAAAGUUGAACAAUCUCAGGGAAAGUCUCUAUUGUUGGUAUCAAUAGUGGUGGAGUGUAGCAACAUGGAGAGUAUGUAUGAACACACGAUGAAGC